UCAGGAUAAAGGGAGCACUCCCCGCCCUUUGUCGACGCUCUUUUUAUUCUCUCCUCAUCACCCACGGCAUCGCGCCUCGUACUCUCCUUCAAACCAAACAGCUCCAGGCACGGGCUUCAUUGUCUUUUUUUCACUUCCCAUUGUUCUCGCAACAACACGGUCCCUUGGAACCACUUUCACACACAAUUUUGAGCCCGGUGCUUUUCGAUUGUGAUUCACGCAAAACAAGCCUAUUGUUCCUCAAUAGCGACAAGCCAACACAGCACAAGCUUCACAACCAACACACACAAAGCCCCUUCAUUCCUUCUUGAGGCUCCCGAGCAGCGCUCGAUUUAAAAGAAGACAACAACUGCUGGUCCUGACAGUGACUACUUCGCUCCCUGCAACUUGCAAAACUCGCCCAUCCGGCAUCUUUGAGCGCGCGAUCGCACAAACGAAACAACCCCUCCAAAACUCCAAAAAAGCCAAUCACGACAACUUUCAAGAUGUUCAACAACGGAUUCACCACCGGCGCCCUUGCCCUGCUCGCUGGCAGCCAGCUUGCGGCCGCCCACAUGGAGAUCACCUACCCGGCUCCUUUCCGCUCCAAGUCCAACCCCAACGCCGUCAACAUUGACUACACCAACACGGCGCCCCUCUCUGACUCGGGCUCGGACUACCCGUGCAAGGGCUACCACUCUGACCUCGGCACCCCUGCCGGCGCCCCCACUGCCGAGUUCGCUCCCGGCGGCAACUACAACUUCACCGUUGCUGGUGGCGCCCCCCACGGCGGCGGCUCGUGCCAGGUCAGCUUGAGCUACGACCAGGGCAAGACCUUCACCGUCAUCCAGUCCAUCAUCGGUGGCUGCCCUCUCGCCUCCAGCUACCCCUUCACCAUCCCCUCCGAUGCCCCCGAGGGUGAGGCCAUCUGGGCCUGGACCUGGAACAACAACAUCGGCAACCGCGAGCAGUACAUGAACUGCGCCGCCGUCACCAUCGGCGGUGGUGGCAAGCGCGAGGUUCAGCAGCGCGCCUCUGCGGCCUUCUCCUCGCGUCCCCAGGUCUUCGUCGCCAACGUCGGCAACGGCUGCAAGACCACCGAGGGUUCUGAUGUCGAGUACCCCGACCCGGGCCCGGAUGUUGUCAACAACGGUGGCAGCGUCGCUCCCCCCGUCGGCAGCUGCGGCUCCACUGGCGGUGGCGCGGGUGCCGGCGCGGGUGCUGGUGAGGGUUCUGGCUCCGGCUCCGGCUCUGGCUCCGGCUCUGGUGAAGGCUCUGGCUCCGGCAACGGCAGCGGCAACCAGGGUGGCGAUGCGCCGAGCUCUACCGUGCAGGCCACGGCUGCUCCCGCUCCCACCCCUUCCGACCCUCCCUCGCUCCCUGGUGGCGUCUUCAUCACCCCUCCCGCUGCUGAGCCCACCACCCUUGUCACCCAGACUGCCGUCGCUCCUCCCGCUGCCACCGGCGGUGCUGGCUCUGGCUCUGGCUCUGGCUCUGGCUCUGGUUCGGGCUCUGGCUCCGGCUCCGGCUCCGGCAACACUGCCGGCGCGCACGCUCAGGGCACUGCCUGCACCGAAGAGGGCGCCUGGAACUGCGUCGGCGGCACCUCCUUCCAGCGCUGCGCCAGCGGUGUCUGGUCCGCCCUCCAGGCCGUCUCCGCCGGCACCGUCUGCACGGCCGGCGAGGCUGCCUCCCUCUCCAUCGAGGCUAUCAGCUCCAAGCGGCGCGUCCGCCGCUUCCGCGGCGCCUCGGCCAAGCUCCGCCUCACCCCCCAGGCCUAAGGGUCUCAGGGUCGACGCGCGUGCAAUUUCACUUCUCUCACCGGGUGUUGGUUUACACUACGGGCUUGGGUCGCCAACUGUUUUGGGGGCGGCCCAUUUUUUGCAUGAUUUGAUUGCAUCACUUCUAUACCCCGUUGGCUGGUCUUCUUCUUUCUCUUCGUGGGACGGGGAAGGGGAGGCGCUGGUCGACUUUGAUUGUCACUCGUUCAUUGAGGCAUAGGGAAGCCAAAGACUUUUUAGCCCUUCGUCAGGCGUUUGACCAUUUUUUUUCUGAUUUCUGCUUUUUGUUAUCUGGAUUGGCAAGCGGGCUGGGUGUAUGUAACAGUACCAUUGAGAGAUCUGAGGGGCAC